UGCUCGGUCACUAAGAAUCAGGGACGGUGAGCUCCCGGGACCGCAAUACCCUGAGAACGCAGCUGGGUCGCUGAGGCUCCGGAAUCCGGUAGCUGAAUGAGAUACGCACGGGCCACCGGCUAGAUUGAAAUCUUGCGUCCCUCCCAGCAUCCUGGAGUCACGAGACAGGGGACUAGGACAGAACUCUGGUCCCAGGCGCGCAGGGACUGUAUCGCUGUUCCUGGUGCUGAAACGCCGCGGUUGCCGAGGGCAGCAGCCGCCUGCUCUCAGGGUACCGCGCCGCAGCGGCUGCGGGAGCUGUCCAGUGCUGAACCGGAUGCGGCCCGGUCCGCGGGGCUUAGACCCGAGCCGGCUGCACCCCGCAGAGCCCGGACAGAGCUUCUGGGAGCACUGACUGCAGAGCGCUGGGAGAGUGGGGAGCAGCGGGCUCCAAGGCAGGCAUGGAUCUGCAGAGACUCGACUCCUACCAGGGGGGAGCUGGCCCUGACUUCCAUGAGCACGUCCUGUAUAAGACCAUCCUGGUGGGCGACAGCGGCGUGGGGAAGACAUCUCUGCUCGUUCAGUUCGACCAGGGCAAGUUCAUCCCGGGAUCCUUCUCAGCCACCUUGGGCAUCGGAUUCACAGUGAUGCUUCUGGGAGACUCAGGCGUCGGCAAAACCUGUUUCCUGAUCCAAUUCAAAGAUGGGGCCUUCCUGUCCGGGACCUUCAUAGCCACUGUCGGCAUAGACUUCAGGAACAAGGUGGUGACCGUGGAUGGUAUGAGGGUGAAGCUGCAGAUCUGGGACACCGCAGGGCAGGAGCGGUUCCGCAGUGUCACCCACGCUUAUUACCGAGAUGCCCAGGCCUUGCUCCUGCUGUAUGACAUCACCAACAAAUCUUCCUUCGACAACAUCCGGGCCUGGCUCACUGAGAUUCACGAGUACGCCCAGAGGGAUGUGGUGAUUAUGCUCCUAGGCAACAAGGCGGAUGUGAGCAGUGAAAGGAUGAUCCGUUCAGAGGAUGGAGAGAUGCUGGCCAGGGAGUAUGGAGUUCCCUUCAUGGAGACCAGCGCCAAGACGGGCAUGAACGUGGAGUUAGCCUUUCUGGCCAUUGCCAAGGAGCUGAAGUACAGAGCCGGGCGGCAGGCUAAUGAACCCAGCUUCCAGAUCCGAGACUAUGUGGAAUCCCAGAAGAAGCGGCCCAGCUGCUGCUCUUUCUUGUGAAUCCCAAGGGGCUGAGAGGAAGCUCUAGAGACGCACAAGGAUGCAGCCUUCUCCCUCAGACCUGGUUUAUUCUAAGCGGCUGAGCCAAUGAGGAGAGAGUUGGGGGACCCAGUGCACAGCCCCUCCGUACUCCUGCCCCUAUUCUAGCUCCUGUAGCUUCCCUGCAUCCCCGGAGGAGGGUAAAAUAUUUUUAUUUCAUUUUAAUGAUACAUAAUCUAAUCAAAAGGGCACCAGAAAACGGAGGAAGGGAGCUGGUGCCCCUUUUGCCUUCUAGUGCUAGGACUCAGGGGCCUGGGCCUCCCACCUACCCACCAUGAGGGUGAUAUUGCACCAGCUCAGCACCAGGGGGCACUGAUGCACUUCUGGGGUAUGAGGCAGGUAGUGACCCCAUUCCCACCCUUCAGCUGGCAAGAGGCUGAGCAGACCCAGGCCUUCAUUUCCUCCGGCUCCCCAGAGAACAAUCUUCCCCAAUAAGACAGGGCCCUUGUGCCAGGAGCGAGAUCAAAGCCUCAGGAAGAUAAGAGAUGUGGAGAUUGGGCAGGGACCCAGCUCCCUGGGGGGAGGGGGGGAGAGGAGUAACAGAGAUUAGGUCUGUUAGGCUACCUCUGGCCUUACUAGCCCCUCUCUGGGAGGUGCACCCCAUUUCCCCCAGCCCACAAGCACAUUAGGGCACCUGGAAACAUCUGGUUCCUAUUCACUGGACCUCAGAUCCCAGGGGAGCCCCUCCUCCCUGAAUCCCUGGGCUUAUCUUCCUACCUUUCUGCCUGUGUCCCCAGACACCUACAGUUACUGAUAGGGAAAGGUUAUUCUUCUGUUCCAAUCCUUAGGCCGGUAUGCAGCCCACAGGCUACUUCUUCAAGCAGCUGUAGUGCUUCCACUGGAUAAAGAGCCAGAUAAAAAGAAAGCCCUGACUCCUGGAGUAGGUGGGAGAUAGAAGUGAGCAAACCUCACCUCGUUGUGUAACCCCUAAACCCAAGGGCCAUCUCCUCCCCCAUCAGCCACAUCCUUUUCUUCUCAGAUGGACAUUCGGGCCCAAACUUCUUUAUCUCCCUUCGUACUGAGCCAGGUUAGGGAGUGAGAGGUCAUCCAUUUCUGGGAAAAUCAACGCAUUGUAUGCAAAACAAGGUCAUGUGGGUGAGGCUUGGGGUGGGGAGACUGGCAGCAAGGAGUUUACAUGCUAAAGGAGUUUACGUGGGGCCAAGGUCACACGUCUCCCAAAGCCCUGACCCCAACAAUGGGAAGAGGGCAGGAGACGUGCAGCUUAUGACCUAGAGGCACCUUUACUCCAGCUCUGUUCACCAGGGCUGGGGCGAGGGGUGAGAAAGUAUGCCCUGUACAUUUCUGCAGCUGCUGCAUUUGCUUUCAAGGCAGAAAUCUUGCUCCCAGAGCAGAGUCAGCACGAUAAGGACGCUCUCCAGGCCUCUCCCAGGCAGAGCAGGGAGGAGCCUGACCUUGCCGGGUUCUUCUGGGGCCCAAGGCAGGUCGCAGGCAAUCCAAUCACAUGGGCUGCUCUGGGCCUUUGGCAUUUGUGUUUUUCAGAAGUAAAUGGCAGUAUUUUGGAAAGUA